CACUGGCUUAUUGUUCUGCACUGAGUUUAAACUCAUCAAGGAAGUGAAAAGCAGAGAGAAUGGCAAAAUCACCAGAAGAAGAACAUCCACAUAAGGCUCUUGGCUGGGCUGCCAAAGAUAGUUCUGGGGUCCUUUCUCCCUUUCAUUUCUCAAGAAGGGACAAUGGAGUUGAAGAUGUGACCAUAAAAAUCCUGUACUGUGGAGUUUGCCAUUCGGACUUGCACGCUGCCAAGAAUGAAUGGGGGUUUUCCAGAUAUCCUUUGGUUCCUGGGCAUGAAAUUGUUGGUAUUGUGACAAAAAUUGGAAGCAAUGUGAAGAAGUUCAAAGUGGACGAUCAGGUUGGUGUUGGAGUAAUGGUGAACUCCUGUAAGUCAUGCGAGUAUUGCGACCAGGACUUGGAGAAUUACUGCCCUAAAAUGAUAUUUACAUACAAUGCCCAAAACCAUGAUGGGACAAAAACUUAUGGUGGUUAUUCUGAUACAAUUGUGGUUGACCAGCACUUUGUACUCCGUAUCCCUGAUAGCAUGCCUGCUGAUGGGGCUGCACCACUAUUAUGUGCUGGGAUCACAGUGUACAGCCCAAUGAAAUAUUAUGGAAUGACAGAACCAGGGAAGCAUUUGGGAAUCGUAGGAUUGGGGGGGCUUGGUCAUGUUGCUGUGAAGAUUGGUAAGGCCUUUGGUUUGAAAGUUACAGUCAUCAGUUCAUCAUCAAGAAAGGAGAGGGAAGCACUUGAUAGACUUGGUGCUGAUUCGUUCCUUGUGAGCAGUGACCCUGGGAAAAUGAAGGCAGCAUUUGGCACUAUGGAUUACAUCAUUGACACUGUGUCUGCAGUUCAUGCCUUGGCUCCACUUCUAAGUCUGCUGAAGACAAAUGGAAAACUUGUUACUUUGGGCUUGCCUGAGAAGCCCCUUGAGCUGCCUAUCUUCCCUUUGGUCUUGGGGCGAAAGCUAGUUGGUGGAAGUGAUAUUGGAGGGGUGAAAGAGACUCAAGAGAUGUUGGACUUCUGUGCGAAGCACAGUAUUACCUCAGAUGUUGAGGUGAUCCGAAUGGAUCAAAUCAACACAGCCAUGGAUAGGCUUGCCAAAUCGGAUGUCAGGUACCGGUUUGUGAUUGAUGUGGCCAACUCCCUGUCACAAUCUCAGUUAUGAAGCCCUCGAUUCCUCUCUAGGUCUUUCAGCUAAAACCAAGUCACGAUAUGCUUCGUAUACUGUCCCUUCUCUGUUCCGAGGCAUGGAUAAUGGAAUAAGGUUUAAUAAGGUUUCUAGCA